CGUGUAGAUAUGGCAACAAGCAGCCAGCACUUCUCAUCAUUUGAUUCAAAACAGGCACCGGGACAGCACCGAACAUCUAAUGUGAAAAGGUCGCUAUCAACUAAGGUGGAUCUUAGGAGUGGCCUCGAAGAAUGUGCAAUGGCACUGAACUUAUUUCUAAGUAACAAAUUUACAGAUGCCUUAGAGUUGCUUCGACCAUGGGCGAAGGAGAGCAUGUACCAUGCCUUGGGCUACAGCACCAUUGUGGUGUUGCAGGCCGUCAUGACCUUCGAGCAACAGGACAUCCAAAACGGCAUUUCUGCCAUGAAGGACGCCUUACAAACCUGCCAAAAAUACAGGAAGAAAUGCACAGUUGUAGAGUCUUUCUCAAGUCUUCUUUCAAGAGGAUCUUUGGAACAGCUGACUGAAGAGGAAAUGCAUGCUGAAAUCUGUUAUGCCGAGUGCCUCCUACAGAAAGCAGCCCUCACGUUUGUGCAGGAUGAAAAUAUGAUCAACUUCAUCAAAGGUGGACUCAAAAUUAGAACAAGUUACCAAAUAUAUAAAGAAUGUCUUUCAAUCCUGCAUGUAAUUCAGAAGAACAAAGUUGAGCAGCAAUUCUUCUACGAGUUUGAAGGGGGUGUCAAGCUUGGAAUAGGGGCGUUUAAUUUGAUGCUGUCCCUUUUACCAGCACGGAUUAUCAGACUACUAGAAUUUAUAGGAUUUUCUGGAAAUAGGGAGUUGGGCAUCCUGCAGUUACGGGAAGGUGCCUUAGGAAGAAGCAUGAGGUCUCCACUAUGCUGCUUAACUAUACUAGCUUUUCAUACUUACAUCUCCCUGAUACUUGGUACGGGAGAAGUGAAUGUUGUGGAAGCAGAGAGUCUCCUUGAGCCCUACCUCCAGCAGUUUCCAAACGGCUCCCUUGUGUUGUUCUAUCAUGGCCGGAUAGAGCUGCUAAAAGGGAAUGUGGAAGAGGCACAAGAGAUAUUUCGAAAAUGCAUUUCAGUUCAAGAAGAAUGGAAACAGUUUCACCAUCUCUGUUACUGGGAGCUGAUGUGGAUUUUUGUAUUCCAACAAAACUGGAGGGAGGCAUAUUACUAUUCAGAUCUGCUUUGCAAAGAGAGUAGAUGGUCCAAGGCAACAUAUGUGUUCUUAAAAGCUGCAAUUUUGAGUAUGCUUCCAGAAGAGGAUGUGGUAGCAGCGAAAGAGGAUGUGGUAACUUUAUUCAGACAGGUGGAUGGCUUGAAGCAGAGAAUUGCUGGGAAAUCGAUCCCUACUGAGAAGUUUGCUGUGAGGAAGGCUCGUCGUUACUCUCCCUCAUUGCCAGCACCCGUGAAGCUCGUUUUGCCUGCCCUGGAAAUGAUGUAUGUUUGGAAUGGUUUUCCACUAGUGAGCAAGAGAAAAGACCUUUCUGAAAACCUGUUGGUAACUGUUGAAAAGGCUGAGGCAGCUCUUCAAAGUGAGAACUCCAGCGACUACUCUGUAGAUGACGACUGCCUAGUGAAACUGCUAAAAGGAUGCUGCCUGAAGAACUUACAGCGGCCCUUGCAAGCAGAAUUGUGCUUCAAUCAUAUUGUCCAAAGUGAAAAGCUACUGAAGUAUGACCACUACCUAGUGCCAUUUACUCUGUUUGAAUUGGCAUUUUUGUAUAAAAACCAAGGAGAAAUUGACAAGGCCAUCAAGGUCCUAGAAACUGCAAGAAAUAACUACAAAGAUUACUCGCUGGAGUCCAGACUACACUUCAGAAUUCAGGCAGCUCUUCACCUCUGGAAAAAAUCAUCUUCAGAUUGA